AUGCGCCCUCUAAGCCAGCGCCCACCUUCCACCACAUUGGUUCUCUUCGCGACCGGCGACGUUAUUGCCCAGCAAGCCGUUGAGAAGAAGGGCCUCGAUAAGCAUGAUCCCUCGAGGACAGGACGCAUGUUUGCAUAUGGCGGCUUCAUCUUUGGCCCCGCCGCAACAAAAUGGUAUACUUUCCUCGCCAACCGCGUUUCUCUCGGCACCACCAACCGCACAAUCGCCGCUCGCGUCCUCUGCGACCAAUUCAUCUUCGCCCCCGUCAACAUGACAUGCUUCCUCUCUAGCAUGGCGUACUUCGAAGGCAGCUCAGUGAAAGACAAGCUUAGCAAGGCGUGGGUACCGGGCAUGACAAACAACUUUCUGCUGUGGCCGUGGGUACAGGCAGUCAACUUCAAAUUUGUGCCGCUCGAGCAUAGAGUGCUGGUUGUGAAUUUCGUGGCGCUCGGGUGGAAUUGUUAUUUGAGCUACCUCAACUCCAGCGGUAGCACGGAGAAGGGCACAGUAGAUAGGAUUGAGGAGGCAGAGAGCAAGGCGGCAAAUAAGAUUAAGAAGGAAAUCUGA